AUGCCAACUACCGUCUCUCUGACGUCAGUAUCAUCACCAUCGGAAACGGUUGCCACGGAGACGGCAACGCCCUUCGCUGCCUCAUCGCCAGUCACCAAACUGCCGAUCACAACACCAUUACAUACUCUGUCCUCUACGACUGGAUCUGUUACAACUGCCUCUUCACAAACCAUCAGCAAAGAGGAUACUAUAAGACCAGCCUUGACAACGCCGCCAGGUGACGCUCAUACGACGUCGAAAGGUAGCAAUGCAACCACAGUGCCAGCGACGAUUAGCAACGUCACCACUACAAACGCUGUUGAUGAGCCAACGACCAGCAAACCUGAUGAUGCAAACGUUACGUCGUCAUCCACGCCAUCAACGAUGCCCCAAACAUCGAACACUCCAAGUAACUCAUCUUCUUUCCACACAUCUACUGUGUCUACAAAUAUGACAACUGACGAUGUCCUUCCAACAGACAUCGCUGAACAGACAACCAUUCCUGUGAAUUCAUCCUCGGUUGACGGACCCACCAUUAACGUAACCAUGACAAGUCCAGUAGAAAAUUCUACCAAUCCACUCAGUAAUGCAACGGUGAACCCCCUCCAAACCACCUCACCAGAAAAUGCCGGACAAACUGAUGAUAACCAUCAAACAGGACCCCCUCUUGUUCCUAUCAUCUUAGGCGUGGUUGGAGGAGUUUUAGUCGUCGGCGUUUUGGUCACUGUCUGGAUCUGGAAGAGGAGGAACGGAAAGGACAUUUUCAGGGACCUUAUCCCCCUUGUCGACAAGAAACCGGACACCGACUCUGGUUUUGAAGAUUUUCCCUACUACGGGGAAGUCCUGUCAGCGCGCGAGGUGGAACCUGUGUUUGGCCAGCUCCAAGUCGGCGGCCACGACGCGACAUGA